UGCUGUUUGGGCGGGAGCACAGGCUGCCAAAUAUGAUAACGCACGAACGCAGGUUCCCAUGACGUUAGUCACGAGCGGAGGUACAGUGCACCAAGUGUGAUGACGUUUGAGCGCAGGUUCUGAUAACGUGAACGAGGGAAGUCGGGGGCCGUUGGCGGUUGGACAGUGUAAUGGCGGCGGCCCCGGACCCGGGCCAGGGCGGGGACGACGGCGAUGGCGAGGCCGAUGUGUUCGAAUCGAGGACCCACUGCCUGGAGCUGUCGCGGCGCCAGAACGAGCAGAGGAAGCGCGGCCUGUUCUGUGACCUGACCCUGUCAGUGGGAGGCCGCGAGUUCCGCGCCCACCGUUCGGUGCUGGCCGCCGCCACCGAGUACUUCGAGCCGCUGCUCGGCGGCAACUUCGAGGAGUCCCGCUCCGAGCGGGUGGAGAUGCGCAAAUGGAGUACGGAGCCCGGGCCUGACCCCGACACCGUGGAAGCCGUCCUCCAGUUCAUGUACACGGGCUCCAUCCGUGUCUGCACCGGCACUGUCCAUGAGGUCCUGGAGCUGGCCGACAGGUUCCUCCUGCUCCAGCUGAAGGAAUUCUGUGGGGAGUUUCUAAAGAAAAAGCUGAAUCUCACCAACUGUGUGGCAGUUCACAGUCUGGCCCACAUGUACUCCCUGGACCAGCUGGCUUUGAAAGCAGCAGACAUGAUCCGCAGGGACUUCUCCAAGGUGGUACAGGAUGAUGAGUUCUACACGCUGCCUUUUCACCUGGUCAGGGACUGGCUGUCAGACUCUGAAAUCACAGUGGACUCUGAGGAAGUUCUUUUUGAGGCUGUGGUGAAGUGGGUGCAGCGGAACCCAGAGGAGAGGGAGAAGCACUUUGAGGAGCUGUUCCAGCUAUUGCGGUUGCCUCAGAUGAAGCCCACAUACCUAACUCGAAUCAUCAAAUCUGAGCGGCUUGUGGCUGAUAAUGCCAACUGCCUCCGACUUGUUUCAGAAGCAGUUGAAGGUCAUGCACUGAGAUCAGAAAAUCUUCAGCCUGCCAAUCUGGACAACUGGGCAUCCCAGGUUGUGUCAUUCCAGCCUCGCUUUGGACAAAACAUGGAUAUCAUCAUGGUGGUGGGUGGUGUGUCAGAGGGUGGAGAUUAUCUAAGUGAGUGUGUUGGCUAUUUCAUUGAUGAAGAUCGAUGGGUGAAUCUUCCCCACAUUCACAACCAUCUGGACGGCCAUGCUAUGGCCAUCACAGACUCUCAUGUGUAUGUGGCUGGCUCCAUGGAACCUGGGUUUGCAAAGACAGUGGAGAGAUACAGUCCAAACAGAAACAGCUGGGAACAAGUUAACAACCUGAUCACAAGGAAGCAUUCCUUUGGGCUGUCAGCAGUUAAGCAGAAUUUGUACAGUAUUGGGGGACAUGGGAACUUUAGCCCAGGGUUCAAAGAUGUUGACGUAUAUGAACCUGAUCAAGAUAGAUGGCACCAUCUGGAAUCGGCUCCCAAAAUAUUACGAGAUGUUAAAGCUAUCAGUGUGGAAGAUCGUUUUGUGUAUAUCACUGCUCGCACCCCUGUGGACACUGACAACGAAGACGGAUUGGAGACUAUAAAUGCAAAGUAUGAUACUGACACAAGGCAGUGGCAAGACGUGGAAUCUCUGCCACUGCUUGAUAACUACUGCGCCUUCCAGAUGGCUAUUGCAACAACAAACUUUUACCAUACAGCCUCCUGCUGCCCCAAAUGUUACACUGUGACAGACACCGAAGCAAAGCAGAAAAUCUCUAACAUGACAGCUGAUGAAAUCUUGGAGAGCUUGCCCCCCGAAGUGUUGAGUAUUGAGGGGGCGGCGAUUUGCUACUUCCGUGAUGAUGUAUUCAUAAUUGGCGGCUGGAAGAACAGUGAUGACAUGGACAAACAGUAUCGGAAGGAGGCAUACCGUUACUGCUCAGAGAGGAAGCGCUGGAUGCUGCUGCCUCCCAUGCCCCAGCCACGAUGCCGGGCAACUGCUUGCCACGUGAGGAUACCUUAUAGGUACCUGUAUGGAGUUCAGAGAUACCCAAUGCCACAAAAUCUAGCCAGGCAGCGAGAGCGGCUGCAGCAAAUGCAGCAGUUACAUCGGCGAUCGUUAAGCCUCAGGCGGCAGCUGCAGCCACAAGUUGAAUGUUAACCAGAAGCACUUCUGGAGGUGAGGGUUGAGUGAGGAACACUCCCACUCCCCCACCCCCGAGCUUGUUACAUUUUUCUUUUGCAUGGCCUCACUUUCUCCAUCCAUCUAUCUCUGGGGAUACAUUGCAAUAGAAAUAUUCUAAGAACUAUGGAGUUCAACCACUGUAGAAUGGUGUGCUGCAUCCAGGUUCUUGGAUUUCCUUUUCAGAGAUGUUGCCUCCUUCCACGCCACACUCAGUCCUCAGCCAAGUGGUGGAUGAGUACCAUGUGAUUUUAAAAUAAUGUCUUGCCUUAUUGUAAAAACGUAACCUUUUUUUAUUUCCCCUUCAUCCUUUGUUGGGACUAGAUUUUACUACUUAUUCCUUAAACGAGACAUUUACUUUGUUAGGGAGUGAGAGGGAAGUUGUUUUGUUGAGCCAUAUUAAUUUCGUUAGGGUGCCACUUGAUCAUGUGGACAUCUCCAUUACUGUUAAUGCCACUCUCUGGUUGCAACAGCUUAAUUUUGUUUUGAAUGAAGACUACAAUGAUGGAGGACUGGGGGCCAGUCUAGUGCAUGGUGCCUGGGAGCACAUAGCACCAAUCCCUGGGCUAACCUAAAACUUACAGGAAAAUUGUUGAAUCUAGACUUGGUUCAGAUAGCACAACUGACAAUAUGCUCCAAGUUUUCCAAUCAUGAUCCAUUAAACAGAAUGCUUAAUAAUUGGAAAACUUAAGCUGGGUACUAACCAGCAAAGGAUUCCCUAAGCACUUUGGUUAUCGCAGAAAGCACUUUAAACUGAUGUUAGUUAAUUUGAUUGGUAGUGAACACCAUGUUUUCAUACUACACUACCAUUAAACCACCUGAGGUGAUUUCCAUUUUAAGAUACCCUUUAAGAGUACUUUCCAUUAUGUCAAUCUCAGUUUUAUUUUUGAGGCACAAGCCAGUCAGUAUUGAUUCAUUGCUCCAGGAAUCUGCUACCUGGCUUGCUGGGGUUUGAUUACACUUCAGUUUUGGUUUACCAUUUGGGCUGUAGUUAAGCUUGGCUUUUUAAUAAAGGGCCUAGCAGAGUUACAAUCAAACAGUUUUUGCUUGAACAGAGUACCUGAGUGAUUGAUCUUGAAUGAUAUUUGCAGACCCUUGUGUCUUAUCUGUUUCUUCUUAAUUCCUACACUCCAGUACACUCAUGAGUUAGAGUCAGCUUAGUUUUAUACAUUGCUUAGGAUUCAGUAUACUUGUGUGUUAUAUUUCAUUCAAUUCUUGUAUCCUGACCUAAAUGAUCGAAACUCUGCAGACAUCUGAACUCCUGAGUUGUUGGAGAUGAAAAUUUAUUCUCUGUACUUUUUCUUGCUCUGUUUGGUGGACAAGGAGAACUGCCUGUUCUACCAACCGAUUUUGUGCAGCCUAUUCAAUACUUUGUUCUGAACAGUUAGUGUAGUUAAAAAUCUAGAAACCAUUGAAAUAGAAGGAUUUUAAAUAGUUCAGUCAUAUCAGUUCGUUUCUGAGGCAUAGUGAGAAUCAGUGUGUGGAGUAUAGCUUUUAGUUGCAGUCUCUAACUUGGUGCUGUCACGUUAUGUUUUGUGUGUAUGUUGUGCUAUGUAUCAAUGUACUAACUUGCACAACCAUUGGAUUCUGAGAUGUACUUCCCUGUAUAGCUUACAUUUUCAACCUUUUUGUGAAACUCUCCUCAAAGGAAGGAAAGUCUUAAAUUUAAACUAGCCAGCAUAAUUUCUGUAUCAGAAGUCAACUUAUUUAAGUGUAAAUCUUUCAAGUAGAAUUAAUUUGUAUUUUGUAAAUGUAUUUGAAAGGUGACUUAGUAAAGAAGUGUUAACGUGGCUUUGUUUUGUGGCCAUUCUUUCACCAGUUGAUGUUUGUGAUGUAUGUGUAGAGUGUGUCCUGCUGGUGGUACAUUCCUUGCUAAGUUUGCUAUUUUCUUAAAUGAAUCUGUUACAAACUCAUUGUAACUUGCAAUUGGUAAUGACCCAAUGUUUGUUCAUGGCAACUGAUUUCCAAAACUGAAGAUUUUUUGAGCUGCACCGUUCUCCCUUUUUAAUGAGUGCCUUGGGCUUUUUGUAGCAAUGUUUUACUGUCAGUUUUACAAAAUCACAUUUUGCUGGAAACACUCAACAGGUCUGAUAGCAUCUGUGGAGAGAAUGCAGAGUUAAUGUUUCUGAAGAAGGGUCACUGGACCUGAGAUAUUAACUCUGCUUUCUCUCCAUAGAUGCUGCCAGCCCUGCUGAGUUUUUCUAGCAAUUUCUGAUUUCCAGACUCUACAGUUCUUUGUUUUUUUUAAACACUAAAAGUGGGCUGAGACUAAGCACUUGGGUUUCAUAUUGCUAGUAUUUCACAAUCUGUUCCAGUUUUAAAUUAAAUAAGAGCCAUCCGUAUUCAUCGGUGGUCACAACCAAGACAGGAUCGGUCCAUGUUCCUGUUACAAGGUUGAAUUAGACUUCAGCAUUGUGAUAUAUUUGGUUUGUCUGAUUCUGAAAAUCUUAACUAAUUUUAUUGUCCUUUCACUGCUAGUGACUUCCCUGUAACCCACAGAACGCUCUCCUCAGUUAUGGUUCAGUUUGGAAGGACACAUUCUGUAAUUAAACUGUUGAGCUGAUGUUUAAAAAUUGUGCCCUACCUUACUGUUAACUGAAAAUUUUGAGAGCUGUUUGGCAGUUUUGUGCACAGUUUUAGUUUGAGAGAUCCUGAGCUUGGAUUUCUUUCUUUUUUCCGUAACACACUCCUGUCAUCAGGUAGGGCACACAAAGCCAUCCAGAGGUAGUGUUGGUGAUGCAGCUGAGGGUAUAUUAUUUGGAUGAUUUCACUCACUGAGAUGUGGCCUGUUGAAUGUCAAAUUUUUCUGAUCCCGUCCAUUGUGCUGUGCACUUGUAAGACUAUGUGGCAGAGGAGAAAAAUGCAGCUGCAUUCACCCAUCCUUGAUUAUUAUUGUUUUAUGUAGUUUGAAAUGAGGCUGUAGUAUUGUUGUUUUAUUGAAAUUCUCUGUGCUAAUGAGGUGUUUUAUUUUUAGAUUCAGUACAUGCAGUAUUACAAGUGAUGGUAAGUGAUACAUCAGCAUGGUUUAACAGAAGAGGUGUUUUGCCUGAUUAAGCAUGGGGCACUAAACACAGAGUGAACAUGUUGUGCUGCACCUCACUUUAUAACACCGAACGAACUUCAAGCUGUAGUUCAGAAUAUGUUUUGUUCAGGUAUGACUUUCAGCAUGAAACCUUGCUGCCUGCAAACAGUCCAGUGUGGUGGCCUUUGCCUUUUGUUAUACUCGCACCCUAUUGUGACAUAGAUUUGAAAAGGGGUCUUGAUUUUUAAUGUCUUUUGCAUCUCAGAAAUGCCUCAAAACAUUUCAUGUUCAAAUUUGGAAUGAAUUUUAGUUGUUCUGUCAUGGAGUGUACUGCAAUAUCCCAGUAGUGAGCAUCAGUUGAAAGGCUCCGUUCAUUGAUGAUCAAGGCCAUGGUGUUCUUGAUUUCAUUGCCCUUUGGUGUUGGAAAAUCUUGGAUAUCACCUUAUUAGGAGUAAGUGUCACAUAAAUUGUUAGCUGUGUUGAUUUGAUGCAACUUUAGAUGCUCCUAUAAUGUAUCACUAGGAUAUCUCUGGUCAGCUAAUGGCACCAAAUUGUGCACACUCUUGGUAUUUGGUAUUUUAUACAUUUCUGUGAUCUUGUGCAAGUAACCCACCAGGGUAGAUCCACUCUUCUUACACACAGCAUAAUGAGAUGUACCAAACUGGGCCUGACCUGAUGACAAUAUAGAAUGACCUUUUUAAAUUCCUAAAUAAUUUGACUCUGUUAACAUGCACAUUACUAUUGGAUCUUUGGAUAUUUUAUUGACAUUUUCUCUACAUUCACUCUUAAUUUGAUGCUCUAUGGGCUGCCUCUCUGGACAGUUUUUUCAAUGUGCUUCUAAAUUUAUUAAUAAGCAACUAAGUACUUUAUGUGGAUAUGCAUGCUGCUAGUAUUUCCCAUUUUGCUGUUCUGAAGUGCACAAUUACCAGAGCAAAAUCUGCCUCAGCGCUUAAUAUGUAUGUUAGGAGAGGGGACAGUGUGAUGGCUACUAGUUAUGUUUGGCUAACUGCAAUCUCAGACAGAAACAAAUUUCUUUUAUUAGUUUAUUGAUUUUAUUUUUCCUUCACAGAUCUUUUCUUUACUUAAAAAUGUUUUUGUUGCUCAACCCUUUCUUGCUUAUUUCACUCCCAUCAUGUCAAACAUGUUGAAGAAUGAUCCAAGAUGCGCACAAUUUCAAGUUAACACAGACUUCACUACCCAUGUUUGUAUGUGUAUUUAUGAAUGAACAGGCUGCCUGUGAUUUCUUUUCUCUCUCUCUCUGCCUAAGGAUAAGGAAUGUUUUGUAGUGAGAGAGGACUGAGGUAAGGAAAGAGUUUGAAUUCUGACGCAUGUUGUAGUUUGAAUUAGGAGCAGUGUGCUGUCUAGUAUUCAGGCAUGAGUCCAUUCCACUUUACCUUCAGCAUUGUCCCUGUUGCCUUUUUUUUAAAUGUUUUGCCUAAAUAAAGAGGAUUUUUUUUCCCUUCCAACUCUGACUGCAUUUGUGCAGCUAGCUGGGCACUGUGUGAUUGUGACUUGCAUUAAAAAGGAGAUGGUAAACGAUUGUCUUUCCAAUAGCAGAGUAUGCAUUUGCCUGCCUGACAUCAGUUGGAAUACUAACCAGCAAGGUUGUGUGGACUUAAUUUGGUGUAUUGUGUGUAUGCAUGUGUAGCAAUGUGUUACUCAUCCAUUCUUGUUUUUUCUAAAAUAUAUUACAGUAACAUGUUUAUUAA